CUAGGAGGGUGCGCCGCGCCAGCUCUCCCGCGGCACCAGGCACGCGCCUCACAUCCACCUCCCCUCCUUCUCACCGCCUAUUAGCGCCCGCAGAGCCUCGGGGCUCCGAGGUGCGGCCCGACCCUGAAACACCUAGGAGAGGCAGGGAGCGGCGGGCGGCGCGGAGCCCUGGAGGUGCAAGGAGGACCUGCACUCAAGUGCGGUGGAUCGUCUCGCAAGCGUCCGUGGGGUCGCCUCCCAACUUCAGGCCGAGUGGAACCCGGCAGGCCGGCAGAGUUUUCCGAGUGCCUGCCUCGAAGGCGGGGAUCCGGAAUGCAUUGCUUCUCCCAGCCCAAGAGUGA